UUAACUACAAAUCCUACUUAUAAUACUUUGUUACUGACGCAAAGAAAAUGAAAAGAUACCCAUAUAAUCAGAACUAAAUAUAAAAUCCAAAAACACUCACAAAACACUGUAAAACACACAACAAUCCACCCCUAUAUUUCUCUCACUAAAAAUCCCCAAUUUCUUCAAUCUUUAAAAUUCAAUCACACACAAAAUCAGUUUCAUUUUCACAAUUUUGUAAUUCCAUCAUGAAUUAGCUCUGAAAUUCUGUUUCUUGAUCCUUUUUUCAGGGUUUGUGAGGAUGGAAUUGAGGUCAAAAAAGGUUCUGAGAAGGAAGAAGCCCAAAACUGAUUCGGUUUUGGGGAAUCGAGAUUUUUCUGAUAGUAAGAGGUACUUAUUGAGGUCUUGUAAAAAGGAAGUGAGUGAAGGAGAAAUUGAAGUGUUUGCUGAUGAUAAUCUUGAAAUGGAUGUGAAAAGGGGGAAAACGGAUACGGAUUUGAGUGGCGAGAAGAAUGAAUUUCCGGGUGAAAGGAGGUUAUCAUUGAGGUCUUGGAAAAAGGGAAUAAGUGAAGGUGAAAUCGAGGUUUUUGGUGAUGAUAGUGGUGAUAAUCUUGACAUGGAUAUGAAAAGGGGGAAACUUGAAAUUGAUUUUAGUGGCGAGAAGAAAGAAUUUCCGGGUGAAAGGAGGUUAUCAUUGAGGUCUUGUAAAAAAGGAAUAAGGGAAGGAGAAAUUGAGGUAUUUACUGAUAAUAGUAAUGAUAAUCUUGAAAUGGAUGUGAAAGGGGGGAAACUGGAAAUGGAUUUGAGUGGCGAGAAUAACGAAUUUCCAGGUGAAAGGAGGCUAUCGUUGAGGUCUGGUAUAAAGGGAAUAAGGGAAGGUGAAAUUGAGGUGUUUGUUGACAAUAGUGAUGAUAAUCUUGAAAUGGAUGUGAAAGGGGGAAAAGUGGAAAUGAAUUUGAGUGACGAGAAUAAAGAAUUUCCAGGUGAAAGGAGGCUAUCGUUGAGGUCUCGUAUGAAGGGAAUAAGUGAAGGUGAAAGUGAGGUGUUUGCUGAUGAUAGUGAUGAUAAUCUUGAAGGAGAUGUGAAAAGGGGAAUACCAAAAAUGGAUUCGAGUGUUAAGAAUAAAGCAAUUCCAGGUGAAAGGAGGUUAUCGUUGAGGUCUGCUAAAGUAAAGUUCGGUAAAAAGGGGGUAAGUGAAGUGGAAUUAGGGGUGUGUGUAGAUGCAUGUGCUGAAAAUCUUAAAAUGGGAAUUAAAGAAGUUGUAAAUACGGAUGAUAAAGGGUUGUUUUUGGGAUCAGAAGUGUUAGAUUCUGUUAAAGAUUCGGUUGUUUUAUCACCCAAAGAAGUUGAGGAUAGUGUUGAGCGAGUACAAGUUGAAGAAGGAAAUGAAUCAGUGUCUAUAGAAGUGUUAGAUCCUGUUAAAGAUUUGGUUGUUAUAUCACCCAAAGAAGAAGUUGAGGAUAGUGUUGAGCCAGUACAAGUUGAAGAAGGAAAUGAAUCAGUGUCUAUAGAAGUGUUAGAUCCUGUUAAAGAUUCGGUUGUUAUAUCACCCAAAGAAGUAGUUGAGGAUAGUGUUGAGCGAGUACAAGUUGAAGAAGGAAAUGAAUCAGUGUCUAUGGAUUUGAAUGAAACGGGUAUUGGUUUUAAGAAGGAAGCAGAGUUACCGAAUUUAGUAUGUGAAAACGAGUCUCAAGAUUUCGUUAUUGAAACAUUUGAUGAUAUCAUUGCGAUUUUCAAUGUUAAUGAUAAUGAUGAUGAUAAGGAAACAUUAUUGAAUGAUUCCGAGAAUGCUAAUCUUUUAAAUAAAUGUAAAAGAAGGAAGGGAGAAGAUAGGCACGGCACGAAAAAGAAAAACGCAGGGAAAUUUAAGAAGAAUGAAAGUAACCAAGAGAAAACUAAUGUUUUAUGUGGUGUAAAUAGUGAUGAUGGUGAAUGUACUGUUAUGCCCUUGAAACUUAAAAGGGGGAGGAAAAGGAAAAAUGUAGAUGGUUCUGAAUGUAAUGGGGAUGGAAGAGUUAAAACAGAGGACGUUGAGAACUAUGGGGUUCAACUUAAAAGGGGGAGGAAAAGGAAAUAUUUAGAUGGUUCUAAAUGUAAUGGAGAUGGGAGAGUCAAAACAGAGGAAGUUGCGAACAAUGGGGGUCAACUUAAAAGGGGGAGGAAAAGUAAAAAUGUAGAUGGUUUUGAAUGUAAUGGAGAUGGAAGAGUUAAAACAGAGGAAGUUGAGACAAAUGAGGUUCAAGUUAGCAGGAUGAUGUUGCGGUCAAGGAGUUUGACCACUGCCAGUGGCGAUGUCAUGGCUGUUGAUGUUGAUAUAAGUAGUGGUGGUGUUGAAAGCAGUCAAUUGGGUAGCAUUGGCAGACUGAAGAAGAAAUUCAAACGUCGUGGAAGGCCUCCUAAGGUGCGGAAUGAAACUAAAGAUGGAAACCCGAGACCAAUGGAGAAGCGAAAGCGGCUUGGAAGAUCUCCAAAGGGGAAUGGUCUUACGUCCUCCUUAAAAAAAGAGGGAAGCUUGAUUGAAAAACCAAGAAAGAAACUAAAACGUCGUGGAAGACCCCCUAAAAUGAUAUCACCCGAGAUUCCUUUGGGACGCAUGACAUCAUGGGGAAGACGACAGAAAGUACUGAGGAAAGAAGUGGCUUCACAAGCAAUUCAAAAGAAACGACUUAGAGAUAUGGUUUUCAAGAAAAUUAACCGUCGUAAAAGACUCCCAAAAGUGGAGGCAAAAACACUAGCAACACAUGUGAUAAAAAUGAGAAAGGUGAAGCCCAGGGUAGUUAAGAAAGACCCCAAAAUUCUGAAAACACCAAAAGUUGAAGAUGAUGAAGAAAAUGAACACAUGAUGUAUGAAAAUGGUAUUAGUGAGCAUAUGGAAAGAGGUAAGCGUAAACAGUUAAUAAGGGAUAAAAUAUCUGAUAUGCUUUUGAACUCUGGAUGGGUAAUCGAGCUUAGGCAAAGGCAACAAAAAGCAUAUCAAGAUGCAGUUUAUGUUGAACCUAAUGGGAGGAGAUCACAUUGGUCUAUUACCCGGGCUUAUUUUAUGCUUAAAAAGAAAGUUGAAGAUGGUGAUGCUGAUAGUAAUGAAAUCUCUGCAUAUUCACCAAUACCCUCAGAGGAAAUUAGUAUGCUUUUCAGGAAGGUUGAUAAAGAACUCGGCUAUAAGAAGAAGAAGAACAGAAUAGGGAAGAAUGUAAAUAGGGGUAAAACUCUCACGAGAAAAAAGAAGAAACAGGGUAAGAAUACAAAAAACGUAUCAAAGAGGAAAGUGAUAUUUAAAUCAAGAGGAGAUAAGUUCACCGAGAAAAGAAAGGCGGGCCUUUUAGCUCGUGAUUCCGUGAAUGGGGCAAAACAAGAUAAUGAUGCCCUUUUGUUAACGAAGAAGCGGAAUCUUCUCUCUUGGAUGAUUGAUUUGGGGGUUAUACUGGUGGACUGGAAGGUGAAGUACGGAAAAACUAGAAGGCAAAAGAAGUUGUUUGAAGGUGCAAUUACUUGCGACGGGAUUUGUUGUGGUUGUUGUAACGAAGUUAUGGGAAUAUCAGAAUUUGUGGGUCAUUGUGGAGGGAAAACAAAUCAUCCUUUUGAUAAUGUAUAUUUGGAGUCUGGAACGCCUCUUAGGAAGUGUUUGAUGGAUUCGUGGAGGAAAGAAGAGGAAUCAAGUAUAACUAAAUUUGGUGCUGUUGACGUUAAAGGAGAUGACCCGAAUGAUGAUACUUGCAAUAUAUGUGGAGAUGGGGGGAACUUAAUUUGUUGUGAUGGCUGCCCUUCGACUUUCCACCAGAGCUGCCUUGAUAUCCAAAAUUUUCCUUCCGGGGAGUGGAAUUGCAUAUACUGUUCGUGCAAGUUCUGCGGAGUGAUUUCUAUUACUACGCCUCAGCUGGAAGACUCUCACGAUGCAAUCACCUCCGAAAUGCUCUCAUGCUGUUUGUGUGAGCAAAAAUUCCACCGAUUGUGCUCACAAGAAGUUGAAGAUCUAACUAUACAUUCCAACAUACUCCCCUUUUGUGGAAGGAAAUGCCAGGAGCUCUUUGAGCGACUACAGAAGUGUCUUGGGGUAAAGCAUGAACUUGAAGACGGAUUUUCAUGGACUCUACUUCAACGUUCUGAUGUUGGCGAAGAUAUUACUGUUCGUGACACUCAGUUGACGGUUGAACGCAAUUCCAAAUUGGCUGUUGCAUAUUCUGUUAUGGAUGAAUGUUUUAUGCCGAUUGUUGAUGAGAGAAGUGGAAUUAAUGUAAUCCGUAAUGUCGUGUACAAUUGCGGCUCAAACUUCAAGCGGCUGAAUUAUGCUGGCUUUUUAACAGCGGUUUUAGAGAAGGGCGAUGAAUUGGUUACUGCAGCAUCCAUACGGAUAAACGGGUAUCGGUUGGCAGAAAUGCCUUUCAUUGGAACUCGUCACAUGUAUAGACGUCAAGGGAUGUGUCGUCGGCUGCUGGAUGCAAUUGAAUCCUGUCUGAAUUCUCUUGGUGUGGAGGAGCUGAUCAUUCCUGCCAUUCCUGAACUUCUGCAAACAUGGACCAAAAUGUUCGGUUUUGUGACCAUUGAAGAAUCAAAGAGGGAAGCAAUGAAGUGCAUGAACAUGAUGGUGUUUCCUGGUAUCGAUAUGCUAACAAAACCCCUUCUUCAGAAUCACUCUGUGAAUGCAAAUCCUCAUCUAUCGGCAGGCUUAAACUCGGUAGUUUCUGAUGACAAAGCAGUGGAAUGUACCACCGAGAUUAACAGUGAGAGUAUCUCUCAAUUAGAAACCGUGUCCUCAAAUCCAAUAGAUUACCAGGAAAGGUCUUCAGAUUCAGCUCGGGCUAAGAAUGUCAUUGAUCAUGAACAAACUAAAGAGGCUAGUGCCAUAGUGGAUGGUUGCAGCUGCCUUGAGCCAAAUGAUAAGUAUAAUUCUCAACUUGAAACCACAUCAUCGAAUGCAACGGAUUAUAAGGAAAUGCCCGUCGAUUCAUCGGGUGGCAUGAAAGAUCUCUUUGAAUAUGAACAAACAGAAGGACCUACUAUGGGGAAAGAUGCUUAUGAAGAAGCUGUAGAGCCAUCUGGAGUGAAGGAUGUCAUACAUCCUGAAAAUGAUGAAUUAGUUGAUUCUCAUGGUGCCAAUAGUCUGUGCGACUUAAACUUUCCAGCAACGAAUGUUCUUCCAUGUGAUACUGACUUUCAAACUUCUCACGACUCUGAUUCCUUUCCGAGCUCUACUGUUGAACCUAAUUCUAUGGAUUCUGUUAACUGUGGGAAUUACCGAUCACCAGAGUUGGUUCCGAGAAACACGUUUGACUUGAACCUGCACCCUACUGUAGCUGAGACCGAUAUGCAUAUCGUCAGUGAUGAUUCUCAAGCGUGCACGAAGUCAUUCGAGAUAUUUGACUCAAGGUCACAGGUUGAUCACAUUCCUUCCAUUCAACCUGAUGCCAAAUCCUGUGAACGUCAAACUCUCGUCCUGCUUUGACUCCAUUUUGUGAACCAUAGGUAGGUUUAUGUCCACUUAGAUCCGACUCCAGUACCAGACAGAGUGAAAGACAUAGUUGCAUGUUUGUAUGAGUCAAACAUUGCCUUCCAGACAGGCAAAAGGGACAAACACUUUUUCUUUUUUUUUUUGUAGAUUUUAGUUUUGUAAAUUAAUCUUUAUUUAGAAAGUUUGUAGGAACUUUUUUUAUAGUUAAAGUAGCAAAUGACGACAUGGAUUCAAGAAUCCUGACAGGUUUCUGACUCCAUGUUGAUGUUAAUAUAGGAAUUUAUAGAGGGCAGGGAGAUCUUCAUCUUAAGUAUGAUAUUGGCGAUUGUAGCCAGGAGCAACUCAUGAGAUCGUUCAGCCAAUAGUUGACUCGAGUCUUUGAGUCCUUAGACUAGUUUUGUCUGAACAUAUAAUAAACUGCCUGUAGAAGGUGUUACUGUACUAUUUUUACUUUGUUUGGUCCUUUGGAGUACAAAUAGAUGAUAUGUAGUUAGUUUUUUUGUUUUUGUUUC